AUGUCACAGCCAUGGGACUAUAUUGCUAAACUUGUGUGCAUUGGUGAUUCUGGGACUGGAAAGUCCAGCUUGACCAUUCGACUUUGCGAAGGACGAUUCUCUUCCACUCAUGAUGUGACUAUUGGCGUGGAAUUCGGAUCGCGAAUCGUCCCCGUGGGACCUCCAGCCUCCAAAAGCCUAGGAAUAGACUCCGACAUCCGCACCCAUGAUCGCGGCACGUCUACCCUAGCAAUAUCGCCAUCACCAUCAAUGAAUGCCUCAAAGGAUCAGCCUGCGUCUGGUCUUCCUAGCCCUCCCCGGAAGCCACAGGAACCUACAGUUCAGAAGAAAAUGAAGCUAUCACUCUGGGACACGGCUGGGCAAGAAACUUACAAGUCUAUUACCCGCUCCUAUUUCCGCGGUGCUUCCGGCGCCCUUCUGGUAUAUGAUAUCACACGACCUUCCACAUUCGCUUCAUGUAUCCAAUGGCUCCAAGACCUACGUCAAAUUGCAGAGGAGGGUAUUGUUGUUAUUCUCGUUGGCAACAAAAGUGAUUUGGUCGGAGAUGGUCCUGACACCAAUCGGGAACGGGUGCCCAAGCAUGAGGCAGAAGAAUGGUGCCGCUUAAAUAAUGUUGUGCAUUACGUGGAGACGAGUGCGAAGUCUGGUGAGGGUGUUGAGCGUGCGUUCCUCGAAGUCGCCGAGAGGAUAUAUCGCAAUAUUGAAUCAGGUAAGUACGACUUGAACGAUCGUCGAAGUGGAGUGAAAGGGUUUGGUGCCACAGGAGGUUCAAAUUCAGGUGUACCCCAAACUGUUACCCUGGGCCUGAAUGAUGCCAUGCGCAGAAGCGGAAAUAACUGGACAGGAGGUUGUUGUUGA